AUGGGGACCCCCCCGUGCGGUGCCGCCGCGCUGGCCGCAGCCCAGGUGACCUCGGAGGACCAGGAAGUGCCGGAGAACAAACCCGUGGAGCUGCGCUGCGCCGCGUUCCGCUCCAGCUCGGGCAGCGCCCGCAUCGAGUGGAAAUUCCAGAGGGGCUCAUCCCUGACACUGAUCUACUACGGGGGGGAGCUCACAGAGCCGUACCGGGACCGUGUCCAGUUCUCACCCACGUCCAUCCGCUUCGCGUCGGUGACGCGGGAGGACAGCGGCAAGUACAUCUGCGAGGUGGUGGGGGGAGGCAGCCACAUCGCCAAGUCCGAGGUCAACCUCAUCGUCCAGGUGCCCCCGGGGAAGCCCCUGGCCCACGUGCCCAGCUCAGCCACCGUGGGUGCCCGGGCCGUUCUGCGCUGCUCCGAGGCCCAGGGCUCGCCCCCUCCCACCUUCCGCUGGUACAAGGACGGCACGGAGCUGCCCCAGGACCCCAAAUCCAGCCCUGCCUUCCGCAACUCCUCCUACAGCCUGGACCCGCGCACGGGGGAGCUGGUCUUUGAGCCGGUGGGGGGCUGGGACACGGGCGAUUAUCACUGCGAGGCCUCCAACAACGUGGGCAGCCCCCAGAAAUCCGACGUCUUCCGCAUGGAGGCCAGCGAGGUGAACGUGGGCGGCAUCGUGGCCGCCGUGGUGCUGCUGCUCCUGGUCCUGGGCCUCGCCGCCUUCGGGGUCUGGUUCGCCCACAGGCGCGGCUACUUCAGCAAAAAAACAGAGUGAGUGACACCAGAGCCACCUCCUCCUCCUCCUGCUGGGUGACC